AUGAACUAUUUUCACAAGUCAUAACGUCUAACCUAUAAUUUUCAACUUUAACCUAUAAUUUUCUACUUUUAUUUCGCUGGAAAUCGCUCAAUUGUAUAUGAAACUAAUUUAACGAAAAUGCCGGAAGCUGUAAUGGAAUGUGGGGACUUUAGUGAAUUUCAAGAAGCGAUCAAAAAUAUGAGGAAAACCGAUGAUAUAAUUGUGAAUACACUCAACUCAGUUAUUCCAACAGAUUCCUUCCAUCCAGAUGGUACGAAGUCAUGCAAAGAAUUAUAUGCACAAUUACAAGAAGGAAAUAGUAAAAGAGAAUCAACUAUUAAAAAGUGCAUUACUGUAACUGCUGAAAGAGUGAAAAAAUUGAGAGAGUUAAGAGAACAAUCUCCAGAUAUAAGUUUAUCGAAAACACUCAGGUCAGAGCAGACCAAGUUAAGAAUGUUACAAGUCGAACUUACAGUAGAGGAUCUCCUCAAACAACGAACUUCUAAAGUGUUCAAUGAUAAGUGUAGAAAAUAUUUUAAGCCAGAAUAAUUUCAUUCUUUUGUUUGUAGUAGUCUUUUGGGAAAUAAAUUUUUGAUAAUGCA